CUAACGCAAAAGAACGCUCUUCGACAACUCCUUUUCUCACUGCUCUAUUUCUCUCUCUCUUUCUCUCUGACCAAGAACUUCCAAAUUUUCUCUUUCUCCCUUCAAAUCUCAGCCACCAUUUUUCUUAGUCCAGUGUAUGUUUCUUCUUGAUGAACAGUAGACUUUUUCCCAUAAAGUUUGUAUAGAGGGGUUGAGCUCAAGCUCAAGAGUCUUGAUUUCAACUGGGCUGAUGGGGAUUGAAAAACAAGGCUCUAGAGGCGGAAAUUAUGUCGGAGGCUUUCUUCAGAUGUUUGAUUGGCAUGCAAAAUCUCGAAAAAAGUUGUUCUCGAGCAAAUCCGAUUCAACUGGGCGAUCCAAACAGAAGAAAAGAUGUGAUGGAAACUUGCCAAGGACUCGGCUUCAAAUGUUGGAAGUUGAUGAAAUUACAGCUGGAUCAUCAUCAAGUAUAAAAGAAGGCAGUGAUUAUAGUUGUUCUUCAUCACUGAUGGAUGAGGACUUUUACGAGACGAAGGCCCCAGGAGUUGUUGCGAAGCUUAUGGGAUUAGAUUCCUUGCCAAAAUCCACUCCACUUACUGACUUUCACUCCCUUCCUACCCCAAAUCAUUACCACCAACAACAAAAAACUCAGAAAACCGAACCUUUUCAAGAUCGUAACACAAAAUCCGGCCGUUUGCACGACUUGCCUGUCCAUAGUGCUGUCAAGAUCAUAAAUCGGCCCAUCGAAAAAUUCCAAACCGAAGUCUUGCCGCCAAAAACGGCAAAAUCGAUACCCGUCACCCAGCACAAGCUUCUUUCUCCGAUAAAAAGCUCUCAUUUCACGCCGUCUAAGGAUGCAGCUCGAGUAAUGGAGGCUGCCGCUAGGAUAAUCGAGCCAAGACCUGGUCCGAGCGAAAGGACGAAAAUGCCCCCGGCGGAUCUCAAGGAGAAAGCUCGACUGGCCCGAAAACCUCCAUCGAAGGCUUUUGAGGGUUCCCGAAAAAAUUCCGAAGCUAGUACAGUUAAGAGUCUCAAGGGACAUCAGUCCAUGAACAAAAGCUGGAACAGGCCGCAGUUGGGCCCGGAGAAUAAGGGAAAGUCGAUCUCGCUUGCUUUACAGGCGAAGGCGAACGUCCAGAAAAGAGAAGGCUUGCAUGCAGCAGACAAGAAAGAAGCGUCUGAGGUCAGUCCUAGUAAUAAUAACAGUAGUAAUCUCUGCAGAAAUCAAAAUAUUGCAAAGAAGCAUAGCGGUGGCCCAAAUGGUAUGAUGAAUGUGCUUCGCCAGAAUAACCAGAAACAGAAUUGCAUGGCGGCCGAUAGGGGAAAAUCACCCGUAAAAUCCAAAACGAAUGUCGCGAAAAGCAAACUCGGUGAGAUGUCUAGAGUUAGUAGUUCUUCGAAAAAGUCGGGCUCUGAGGUGAAAGACGAUAAGAACAAAGCGUUGUGUUCUUCUGCCUCUAGCUCGGAAAUAGUUUCUCGAAAGAAAAGAUGCGUGGAUGGGAAUUACAACAACUCGGAAAAAAGCGAAGCUGUUAAGGAUAGGGGUAAAGUCGGAACAGAUGUUAUUUCCUUCACUUUCAAUGCCCCAAUGACUCGAUCAGGAUUUCAGAGUAAAAAGUCGUACGUUGGGCAUAAUAUGAGUAGUGGUCAUGCAUUAAGCAGUCUCUUGGAAGAAAAGAUUAAAGAGUUGGCUCAAAAGGUUGAGUUUUCCAAACACAAGUCGGGUUCUGUUUUAAACGACAUGAAUGUAUCUGAUUGUAAGGCAGUAAUUUGGUCGAACGAGAUGGAAGAGAAUGAAGCUGUAGAUGAAAUGGACAUAGAUAAUCAGGGGUUGGAGGAAGAAUUUAGCAUGACCGAGAGCUACAUAUCUCAGGCUGAUAAAUCACUCGAUUGUCGGCUUCCAAGUCCAGUUUCAGUUCUUGAUCUUUCUCCUUGUGCUGAAAGUUGCAACUCUUCAGACACUUUAGACAGCAACAUUGUUGGAGGUAGCAAGCAAUGUUCAUCAUCGAUUCAAGCUCAAGAACUGCUCGAUAUGUAUUCCUCAAAAAAUUUCCUAACAGGUGAAGGAGAUGCUGAAUUAUGCGACUCGGCUUCGUCAAAUUCUACAGGCACCGUUGUGAAAAUGCAAGUGACAAAAACACCCUUGGACUUGACUAACCCUGCAAAGUCCCCCGGAAAGUGGGAACUCGCGUACAUAAGCAAGAUACUUUUCCAUCUACAACCGAUGUUUGAGGAUUAUGCACUUGGUCAAUCUAAAGGGCUCAUAAAACCUCAACUCUUUGACCAACUGGAAUUCGAAAUUUCGAAAGGGCAGUUGAGUAUAUCCGGAGACAUUCCAAGAAUCGAAAGGAGACUUUUGUUCGACUACGUAAACGAAUGCAUGGAUUUGAGAUUCACACCAUAUGUUAGCCAAGGAUGCAAAUCGUGGGCCAAGGGUGUAUCGGUAAUUAAAAGAAAGGAAAAACUAGUUGAGGAGGUUUUAAAAGAAAUUAUGGGCUCGACUGGAGUAGGAGAUUCCAUGAUAGACGAGCUUGUCGACAAGGACAUGAGCAGCGUGCAUGGAAAAUGGCUCGACUUUGACGUUGAGGCAUUUGAGCUCGGGAUGCAAAUCGAGACCCGCAUACUUAAUUCUUUGAUUGAUGAACUAGUGACCGAUGUAUUGUUGCUUUAGUGGUUAGGAACUUGUAGUUUACGUUCAAUGUAGAUCUCUCGACAUUGUUUCAUAGACUAUUUUUUCGCCGUCAUACAAGUUUCUCGAGUUCCCUUGAUUUGGAAUUAAGAAAUAGCAAUGCGAGAGAGUUUCUACAAAUGUGCUCAUUCGAGUGAAGUAAUCGAAUUUUUUACCGGGGUGACUGAUGUGUGUUGAUCUAACAGUAAAAAAAC